GCGAUCUUCGGAAAACUGCUUGUGAUUUUUAAACGAUAAACGAAACGACUGACACACAUCCAACAACAAUAGAGUAUUAACAAAUUAAAAAAUAGCCACAGAAAAAAGAGAGGAAAAGAAAAAAAUCAAAAGCUAAAAAACGUUGAAUAUUUUUGUAGUGGUACUUUCGGAUUCUGCGCUUGAGUGUUGUGUGAGAUUUUUCUUGAAAUAAGUAGUGUUGGCUAGUGCUUUUAAAUUGGCUAUUUCAUAUUACUAUACUAUACUAUACGAGUAUAUCGCUUCUAACAACGUUGCCCAGUUCAUCGCGUUUUUUCGUUUGCCUUUUGUAUUUUUUUAACUGAAAUUCGCACGCGUGUCCAAUUAGUCGGAUAACAUAGACUGUGAUCGAUAAAAGACAUAACGUAUCUUCUAACAUUUUCAAUUAAAAGACAAACCGAAUUUUGAGAUUCCUGCGAAUUCAUACUUAUCAAAAUGGUAUCGAAAGGCAGCAAGAAAAAGCAGCAACAAAUUAGUGUCAGCGACAGCAAAAAUGCUGCAAGCACAAGCAGCACCACCUCUAGUUCCUCGAAAACUGUGGUGCAUACCGCUGGCACCGAGGCAGCAUCAACAAGCUCGUCGGCGGUGGGAGUAACUUCGACGUCGUCGCCUACGUGGACGAAAACUUCACAGACACUGCAAAAAUCCGAGUCAGCGGCGAGCAACAAAUCGAUGCUGGCAACCACACACUCCGGCACGCAGUCGCAGUUGCAAUCGACUUUGUUCAAGAGCAGCAGUAGCAGCAGCAGUCACACUGAGUCGAGGUCAGAGCAAAAGCAGCGCCGACAACAAAUUGAACAGCAGCAACAGCAGCAGCAAGAACAGCUGUACGAGAUCGUCAGUGACGUAGGCAGCAUCGGUGGCGGCCAGUCAGCGCCAAUCGCUUCCAUAAUGAGUGACACAUUGAAAUCGACGAAGGCGUCAUCCUCAUCAUCCUCAUUUCAACAGAAAUCAGAAUACUAUGAAGAGAUCUCCAAUGAUUUUUCCAAUGCUAAGAUAAUAUCAUCCAUCGAUCUGCUUGAGAGCGACAAAAAGGAACCAGUUUUUUCGGUGCCGAUCGAUGUCAUUGAGAUAGUUGGCAGCGGCAGUUCCAGCAUUGGCAGCAAUUACAAUAAAGCUUAUUUGUCCUCUUCCCAAUCACAAACCGGUAUCAUGACAAGCACGAGCAGCUCCAAUUUCGCACACAUCGAGUCCGCAAGCAGUAGCAGUAAGGUCAUUGAUGGUGGAAUUACGAUCACCGAUAUGUCCACCGAAAAUUCAAAGUCCAUUUCGUCCACAUCGAAUACAGCAAAAUCGGGCAAAGUCACAUCUACAAAUGUUGAAAUGACAUCAUCGUCAAACAAGUUUUUAACGAAUGAUGUGAACAACAGUAGCACCGAAGUAAACAGCUAUACGUCGUAUUCGACGAUUGAUGGCAAAGCCAUUAAUGGUGCUACAACACCAGUAAUAGCGCCGCUAAUCACAUCGCCUGCAAAAACACAACAAACGUCAACGGCAUUUACUAAAAGUACACAGAGAGCAAUCGAUGACGACAGCCAUUCCAUUACCUCCACCGCACACUCCGAAAUUACAAGUCAAGGUGAUAGUACAUCACUGACUGAAACAGCGAAAAACCUGAAGAGUGACGUAGUUGUAAGUGGUAGUAGUAGGCAAUUGGCCUCCAAUGUAACAAACAAAUCGACGAAAAAGUCCUCUAUAAUAGAGCAAAAUAUCUCUGAACAAACAAUUGAAGAAAGCUCGCUGAAGAAAAGCAAGAGUACGUCAAAGAAGGAGGUGUAUGAUGUGAAAACUAAAAGAUGGACAGAGCUGAAUGAAAAGACCGGCACUGGCGCUACAAACAAAAAGCAGCCAACAAUCGAGCGUUACGUUAGUCGCGAAUCCGACGGCACUUACAAAAUUACGUAUAAGAAAAAAAUAUUCGAUCAGCGUGCGAACAAGUGGAAAAUCGUCGAAGAGAAGACUGUGGACAGUGCUCAUGAUACUCAUUACCCCGAAAUAGUUGAUGAUGUCAUCAAUACGACUACCACAACGUACACAACAAAAGUGUAUGACACUAAGACCGGAGAGUGGAAAAUCGUUGAAGAGAAAUCGUUUGUGGACUCAAAAGCUUUCGUGCCAAAUGACAUUGUUCGUGAAAUUGAAAAAGACAAUACUGAUGUGGCGAACAUAACUACUACCACUGAAGUAACAAAGAUAUUUGAUGCCAGCUUGAACGAUUGGCGAGUCCUAGAUGAGAAAACGCAUACCGAUGUGAUUGAAAGAAUCGUAGAAACGCCCAAAAAGACAAUUUAUAUUGACGAAUUUGUUGAAAUCGAAAAAAAUGUGCAGAUAACAGAAGACAGUGAAAAUAUAACCAAUGAACGUACUAACACAUCAAAACGCAAAGAUAUUACCACAAAUAUAUACGAUGAAGUUGACGACGUUAAGAGAGAAAAGUUGACUACUAGCGACUCAAGAAUCCGUGGAGUCGAUAAAAAAGAAACGUUUGGUUCAAAGCAUACAGAUAUGUGUAUUUGCGAAAUCUGCACUUGCGGUCGCCACCAUUGUGCUUCAAGCGUUAAGAAGACGGAUGCUAUAAUAGAGACUAUAGAUUUGCUGGACGAAUCUCAAACGCGAAUAAGGUCCAACACUUGGUCUAAAAAGGAUCUCGAAGAAUCUCGAUUAAAACUUUUGUACGACAUUGACGAGCAAGUCACUUUAAUAAAACCCGAGGACAAUUUGAAACCUGAGGGAGAAUUUAUAGUUCCCGAAAAAAUUCCAUUCCAACCGGCUGAAAGAACGGAACGCAUAAUUAGAAAAGACAACUUGCGCAGUGAAGGAGAAAUGACAUUUACGGAAAAAGAGGAAUAUCAAUAUGUAAUAAGGCCUCUGCCAGUCAAACCCACUGAUAACCUCAAAUCUGAAGGUGAAUUUUAUAUGCCAGAAAAAACAACGUAUGUUCCAGCAGAAAAACCUACUCAAAUUAAAUAUAAAGACAACCUAAAACCGGAAGGAGAUUUCUACACUCCCGACAAACCAGUCUAUCAAUCAACAGAACGCCCGUUACAAAAGAAACCAGAGGACAAUCUCCGCCCUGAAGGUGAAUUCAUAGUGCCGGAAAAGAUCUUGUAUGCACCAGCGGAACAGACAACACGAGUAAUAAGAAAAGACAAUCUCAAAACAGAAGGAGAAAUGAUAUUUGACGUAAAAGAAGAAUACACAUUUGUGAGUAGGCCGGAACAAAUCAAACCAAUUGAUAAUCUUAAAUCAGAAGGAGAGUUUUAUACUCCCGAAAAACCUGGGUUUAGGCCUGCUGAACGUCCUAUUCAGAAGAAGCCAGAAGAUAAUUUGAGGCCAGAAGGAGACUUCUAUAAACCAGAAAAAGUCAUGUAUCAUCCAGGAGAACGUCCAACACAAGUUAGACCAGGGGACAACCUUCGCCCUGAGGGUGAAUUUUACACUCCCGAAAAACCUGGAUUUAGGCCUGCUGAACGUCCAGUUCAGAAGAAGCCAGAAGAUAAUUUGAGACCAGAAGGCGAGUUCUAUACACCAGAGAAGACAAAGUUCCAACCAGGAGAACGUCCCACACAAGUUAGACCAGAGGACAACCUUAGGCCUGAGGGUGAAUUUUACACUCCAGAAAAACCUGGAUUUAGACCCGCUGAACGUCCAACUCAGAAACGGCCAGAAGAUAAUUUGAAACCAGAAGGUGAUUUCUAUUCACCAGAGAAACCAAAGUUCCAACCUGGAGAGCGUCCCACACAAGUACGACAUGCUGAUAAUUUGCGACCCGAAGGCGAAUUUUACACUCCUGAGAAGCCCGGAUUUAGACCAGCUGAACGUCCAACUCAAAAGAAGCCAGAAGAUAAUUUGAGACCAGAAGGAGAGUUUUAUGCACCAGAAAAAACAAAGUUUCAACCAGGAGAACGUCCUACACAAGUUAGACCAGAGGACAACCUUCGCCCUGAGGGAGAAUUUUACACUCCAGAAAAACCUGGAUAUAGGCCAGCAGAACGUCCAACUCAGAAACGCCCAGAAGACAAUUUGAAACCAGAAGGGGAGUUCUAUAAACACGAGAAACCCACUUAUCAACCCGCCGAACGUCCAACGCAAAAGAAACCUAUAGAUAAUUUGAAACCUGAAGGCGAGUUUCUUGUUCCGGAAAAAGAAAUGUAUAAACCUGCUGAAAAAAUUGAACGUGUUAUUAGAAAGGACAAUUUACGCACAGAAGGUGAAAUGACAUUCGAAACAAAAGAAGAAUAUCAGUUUGUUAUUAGGCCCAAUCAAGUGAAACCCACUGAUAAUCUAAAGCCAGAAGGCGAGUUUUAUGCUCCAGAGAAAUCAAUAUAUAAGCCAGCUGAAAAACCUUUACAAAUCAGACACGAAGAUAACUUAAAACCCGAAGGCGAAUUCUAUACUCCACAAAAACCAGGUUUCACACCAGCAGAGCGUCCAAUUCAAAAGCGGCCAGAAGAUAAUUUGCGUCCAGAAGGUGAGUUUUAUGUACCAGACAAGCAGGAAUUUAAGGCUGCUGAAAGACCUACUCAAUUGAAACCUGAAGAUAACUUAAGACCGGAAGGCGAGUUCAUGAUUCCCGAAAAAGAAAUAUAUAAACCCGCCGAAAAAACUGUUCGUGUAGUAAGGAAAGACAACUUGCGCUCAGAAGGGGAAAUUAUUUUUGAAAAGAAAGAAGAAUAUCAAUUUGUAAAUAGACCAGAGCAAGUCAAACCGGUAGAUAAUCUUAGACCGGAAGGAGAAUUCUAUACCCCAGAAAAACCAAAAUACCAACCUGCUGAAAAGCCAGUGCAAAUUCGACAUAAGGAUAAUUUAAAACCGGAGGGUGAAUUCUAUACACCCGAGAAACCUGGUUUUGAACCUGCGGAACGCCCAACUCAGAAAAAACCCCAAGACAAUUUGAGACAGGAGGGAGAGUUUUAUGCUCCUGAUAAACCAGACUACCAGUCCGCUGACCGACCUAUUGCAAAGAAACCUGAGGACAAUUUAAGACCAGAAGGUGAAUUCACUAUUCCGCAGAAAACACCUUACCAACCAGCGGAAAAAGUCGAACGUAUUGUUAGAAAGGAUAACUUGCGCUCAGAAGGUGAGAUGACUUUUGAAACGAAGGAAGAAUAUCAGUUUGUUGUUAGGCCAGAGCAAUUGAAACCCACUGAUAAUCUAAAACCGGAAGGCGAAUUCUACGCUCCGGAAAAAUCGAAGUAUCAGCCAGCCGAAAAGCCAUUGAUUAUUAGACGGGAAGAUAAUUUGAAACCGGACGGGGAGUUUUAUAAACCACAAAAAGUCGAUUUUGUUCCAGCAGAUCGGCCUUCUCCAGUCAAGCAUGAAGACAACCUUAAACCAGAAGGUGAAUUUUAUACACCCGAAAAACCUGGUUACCGGCCGGCGGAGAGGCCAACUCAAAAAAAACCUCUUGAUAAUUUACGACCUGAAGGAGAGUUCACUGUUCCAGAGAAAACCACUUACACUCCAGCUGAAAGAACAGAACGAAUAAUAAGAAAAGAUAACUUGCGAACUGAAGGGGAGAUGAUAUUUGAAGUAAAAGAAGAUUAUCAAUUUGUUAAUAGACCUGAGCAAGUCAAACCUAUUGAUAACCUCAAACCAGAGGGAGAAUUUUACACUCCAGAAAAGCCAAUGUAUCAAGUUUCAGAACGACCUUCUCAAAUUAAACCUGAGGAUAACUUGAGACCCGAAGGUGCGUUUACAGUACCAGAGAAGUUAGUAUACAAACCGGCUGAAAAGGUUGAACGUAUUAUAAGGAAAGACAAUCUCCGCUCAGAAGGUGAAAUGAAUUUUGAAAGAAAAGAAGAAUAUACGUUUGUCAUUAGACCUGAUCAGAUUAAACCCACUGAUAAUCUCAAACCCGAGGGUGAUUUCUAUACUCCCGAAAAACCAAAAUAUCAGGCAGCUGAGACUCCGUUAGUUAUUAGACGCGAAGAUAACUUAAAGCCUGAAGGUGAGUUUUAUAUACCUGAGAAAACAAGUUAUAGGCCCGCAGAGCGUCCAAUACAAAAGAAGCCUGAAGAUAAUCUUCGAACAGAAGGCGAGUUUUAUUCUCCAGAAAAAUCCGAUUACAUACCCGCCGAACGACCUACUCAGAAGAAGCCAAAAGAUAACUUACGUCCUGAGGGCGAGUUUUACACACCUGGAAAGCCUGGUUAUAGGCCAGCAGAAAAAGUCGAACGUAUUAUUAGGAAGGAUAACUUACGCACUGAAGGUGAAAUGACUUUCGAAACAAAAGAAAAAUAUGAAUUUGUUAGCAGGCCAGAGCAAGUGAAGCCUACAGACAAUUUAAAGCCAGAAGGAGAGUUUUAUACCCCAGAAAAACCAAAAUUCCAACCUGGCGAGCGGCCGUCACAAGUGAAACAUGUAGACAAUCUUCGGCCAGAAGGAGAAUUUUACACUCCACAGAAACCUGGGUAUAAACCGGCCGAACGUCCCACACAGAAGCGGCCAGAGGAUAAUUUGAAGCCUGAAGGAGAAUUUUAUUCUCCCGAUAAACCAAAAUUCCAACCAGGAGAGCGUCCAUCACAAGUAAAGCAUGCAGACAAUCUACGCCCUGAGGGAGAGUUUUAUACACCAGAGAAACCUGGGUAUAAACCAGCCGAACGUCCCGUACAGAAGCGUCCGGAGGAUAAUUUGAAGCCUGAAGGAGAAUUUUAUUCUCCCGAUAAACCAAAAUUCCAACCCGGAGAGCGGCCAUCACAAGUAAAGCAUGCAGAUAACCUGCGGCCUGAGGGAGAAUUUUAUACACCAGAGAAACCUGGGUAUAAACCAGCCGAACGUCCUGUACAGAAGCGUCCGGAGGAUAAUUUGAAGCCCGAAGGAGAAUUUUAUUCUCCCGAUAAACCAAAAUUCCAACCAGGAGAGCGUCCAUCACAAGUAAAGCAUGCAGACAAUCUACGCCCUGAGGGAGAGUUUUAUACACCAGAGAAGCCUGGGUAUAAACCAGCCGAACGUCCCGUACAGAAGCGUCCGGAGGAUAAUUUGAAGCCUGAAGGAGAAUUUUAUUCUCCCGAUAAACCAAAAUUCCAACCCGGAGAGCGUCCAUCACAAGUAAAGCAUGCAGACAAUCUACGCCCUGAGGGAGAGUUUUAUACACCAGAGAAGCCUGGGUAUAAACCAGCGGAACGUCCUGUACAGAAGCGUCCGGAAGAUAAUUUGAAGCCCGAAGGACAAUUUUAUUCUCCCGAUAAACCAAAAUUCCAACCCGGAGAGCGGCCAUCACAAGUAAAACAUGCAGAUAACCUACGGCCUGAAGGAGAGUUUUAUACACCAGAGAAACCAGGGUAUAAACCAGCCGAACGUCCUGUACAGAAGCGUCCGGAGGAUAAUUUGAAGCCUGAAGGAGAAUUUUAUUCUCCCGAUAAACCAAAAUUCCAACCCGGAGAGCGUCCAUCACAAGUAAAGCAUGCAGACAAUCUACGCCCUGAGGGAGAGUUUUAUACACCAGAGAAGCCUGGGUAUAAACCAGCCGAACGUCCCGUACAGAAGCGUCCGGAGGAUAAUUUGAAGCCUGAAGGAGAAUUUUAUUCUCCCGAUAAACCAAAAUUCCGACACGGUGAGCGACCGUCACAAGUAAAGCAUGCAGAUAAUCUACGGCCUGAGGGAGAAUUUUAUAAGCCAGAGAAACCUGGGUAUAAACCCGCCGAACGUCCUGUUCCGAAAAAACCACAAGAUAAUCUCAAAUCAGAGGGAAACAUUUAUGUACCAGAAAAAAUUGCGUUUAGACCUGCUGAAAAAAGUGAGCGAAUUAUUAGAAAGGACAACCUUCGUACGGAAGGAGAAAUUAUAUUUACCGAGAAAACGGAAUAUGAGUUUGUUAAAAAGCCGGAUCAAAUAAAACCUACAGAUAACCUAAGACCUGAAGGCGAAUUUUAUAAAGUGGAGAAGCCUUCAUACAAGUCUGGUGAACGACCUGUAGUGAAAAAACCCAAAGACAAUUUAAAAGUGGAGGGUGAAUUUACCGUACCCGAGAAAACAUCAUUCAAGCCCGCCGAGAAAACAAAACGCAUUGUCCGAAAAGAUAAUUUACACAUGGAAGGAGAAAUGACGUUUGCAGAGAAAAAUCAGUAUCAGUAUGUAAAUAGGCCCGAAAAGGUUGUACCCUCUGAUAAUUUAAGAACGGAGGGUGAAUUUUACACUCCUGAUAAACCCGGAUUUAAACCGGCUGAAAAAGUGAGACGAGUCAUUCACAAAGAUAAUUUAAGAAUGGAGGGGGAGAUGACCUUUACAGAGACGGAAAAGCACGUGGGUGUUAAGAGACCAGACAAAAUUGUGCCACGUAAUAACCUUAAACCUGAAGGCACUUUCUACAGUAAGGAAAAACAGCAAUAUCAGCCGGCUGAGCGUCCAAAACAAGUAAAACCGGAAGAUAAUCUUAGGCCAGAAGGACACAUGUAUAUUUCAUCUACAGAUAGAACCGAUUCUAAACUUUUGAAAACUGCUACUGAAAAGGUGGUUGUAAAACGUCCAGUAGACAAUCUCAAACUAGAGGGCACUCUUCAGGUUUCCAGAAGAGAUGACUACAAUGAAAAGCAAAGUUCAAGAUUAGACAGCACUAAAGUAGUACAAAAGGCUGUCCGAUCGAAGUAUUCUCAUAACAAAUCAUCUAUAACUCUUGGAGAGGAUAACGCCAUUUUGAAAACGACUAACCAAAUGAACUUUGUUUCUGGCAAACAAGCAAUUCCUGCCGCAAAUGUAAGUUCGGAUAAACCCGUUGACGGUUUAGUAGUAGUAUCGACGAAAAAGGUAACUACAGUAAUAGGUGGUCGGGUUAAGAAAGAACCAGAAACAGAAUAUGUUAAACGACAAGAGAGAGUGAAUGUCAUAGAGAAUGUUGCAAAGACCAACAAUGUUAAGAACAUUGUAAACGUUGAAAAUAAACACGACGAGGCAAUUUCUAUGACCGAAAAUCGUAUUAGAAAGGAAAAUAAAAUGAUUGAUACCCGCAUGAACGCUUCGUCGCAUGAGUCCUCCUCGGCACAAUUCAAAACUAGUAAAAUUGGCAACACUUCUGAAAGAGUAUUAUCUAGUACAACAAUGGGAGAAGUCACCGGUCAAACACACUCCACACAAUGCAAGUUUGGAGAAAUGCAGAGCGCAUCAGCAAAGCUAAACGCUGCUGGAUCGGCUAAAUUUAUGUCAGAUCAAACACAUACCACUCAACAAAAGUCCACAGCCGUUGAAAGCUGCUCGUCAAAAACGAAAUCUAGUUCUUCAGCUGCUACAGUAUCCAAACAUUUUCAUCAUCGAAGAAGCGACUUCACUGCAGAUACGAACGUUACGAACUCAGUAUUUCAUCGAAAAUCUAUUUCUAACGAUUCCAAUCAGAUAGGUAGUCUUACAUCGAAUGGUAAAAUUCAUCGCAAGAGUAUUUUAAACUUGCACGAGGAGCCAUCGAGUUCGGUUUUCCCUAGUGAACGUCAAAGCUACAGCAGUAUACAUAGACAAAGUAGAGAACAACAAGAUAAUAAUAACUCAUUUUUGGUGAGUGAACGUCGCCACUUUAACACGCUUAGUCAAUCGCAAAGUAGGGAUCAGACUUCGAAGUCCUGCAAUGUUCAUAAAACAUCGUCUUCCAGUGGUAUAGAAUUUCCAUCAUACAGUAAACAUUCCGAACGAACUGUAUCCCGUAGAAAUGUCAACCAAUCAUCAAUUUCUCUUGGUAUAGAUGGAGCUUCGUCUACAACCCUAUACCGUAGUGAAUACAAAACGGUUCCAUCCACAACUUGUGCUAUACACAAAAUCAAAGAAGGUGCAUUCCAACACACUAGAAACACGAACGAACAUAAAUUUUUUAAAACUGUUAAGAAUUAAUUCCCCAACUAACCCACAUACAAUUUUUUUUUAUUAAUCUUUUCUCUCUAAUAUUAUAUAUUAUUACAUGUAAACAUUAAGCAUGCAGAAUUGCCUCAUACAAGUAUACAUAUGUAUGUAUUUAAAAAUAAAUUCUAUAACUAUACUACAUAUAUAAAAAAUAACAUCCACUA